GCAAGUCAUCCAGGCUCUGAAAUCCAGCCACAUGGAGCUGUGUCCAGCCCAGCAGGAAGGGGCAGCCCUAACAGCUAGGAGGCCACACUCUAGACUGAGGACCUCCUCAUUCUGAGCCUUGAUUUCCCUGUCUUGCCCCGGAGGAGGUUGGGCCCACCGGAUAAAGCAGACUGCUGGUUGAGAAGACCGACUCCCCGGCGGCCGAGUUCUCGCUGGUGGAGGACGUGGCCCUGCACUUUGCCUGCUUGAUGGGCCGCCUCAACGAGCAGCGCCUGUUUCAGCCCGACCUGUGCGACGUGGACCUGGUGCUAGUGCCGCAGCACAGCGUCUUCCCUGCCCACAAGGGCGUGCUGGCCGCCUACAGCCAGUUCUUCCACUCGCUCUUCACGCAGAACAAGCAGCUGCAGCGCGUCGAGCUGUCCCUGGAGGCUCUGGCACCUGGUGGCCUGCAGCAGAUUCUCAACUUCAUCUACACGUCCAAGCUGCUGGUCAACGCCGCCAACGUGCACGAGGUGCUCAGCGCUGCCUCGCUGCUGCAGAUGGCCGACAUCGCUGCAUCCUGCCAGGAGCUGCUGGACGCCCGCUCCCUGGGCCCACCAGGUCCCAGCGCUGCUGUGGCACUGGCUCCGCCAGCCAGCAGUUGCACCCCAGCCACACCACCCUACUACUGUGACAUCAAGCAGGAGGCUGAUGCCCCUGGCCUGCCCAAGAUCUAUGCCCGCGAGGGCCCUGACCCCUACUCUGUACGUGUGGAGGAUGGGGCAGGUACUGCUGGGGACACAGUGCCAGCCACCAUGGGGCCUGCCCAGCCCUUCUUCAAGGAGGAGAAGGAGGCCAGUGUGGGGGAGGCUGGUGGGGUGUGCAAGCUGGAGGGGGGCGAGGAGAUGGAAGAUGCGCUGGGCGCCCCAGGGACCUACGGCCACCAGGAGCAGUCCCAGAUCAUUGUGGAGGUCAACCUCAACAACCAGACGCUGCAUGUGUCCACAGGGCCGGAGGGAAAGCCGGGGACGGGGGCCAGCGCAGCCACUGUGGUGCUGGGCAGGGAGGAUGGGUUACAGCAACACUCGGAGGACGAGGAGGAGGAGGAGGAAGGAGAAGAGGGGGGCAGUGGAGCACAGGAGGAAGAGGCGGGUGGCAGUCAGGGAGAGGAGGAGGAGGAGCAGGAGCAGGAGGAGGGGGGGCAGAGUGAGGAGCAGGAGGAGGAAGAGGAGGAGGAGGAGGAAGGGCACAGCGAGCAGGACCCUGAGAGUUCAGAGGAGGAGGAGGAAGAGGAGGAGGAAGGGGAAGAGGAAGGGGAGCCCACCAGCAGGCAGGGCUCGGCAGGGCCUGGGGGGUGUCAGGCUGGCCAGGCGGACCCAACUCCUCACGGUCGCAUGGCCACACGCUCCCGGGAGAGCACACGGCGUCGGGCUGCCUCUGAGCCUGAGCAGGCUGGGCGGCGUGGAAAGCGGCCAAAGCCCCCUGGGGUGGCUAGCGCCCUGGCCCACGCACCUUCAGCUGCAGAAGGGAUAGGGGCCAAGGUGAAGCUAGAGGAGAAGCAGCAUCAUCCAUGCCAAAAGUGUCCCCGGGUCUUCAACAACCGCUGGUACUUGGAGAAGCACAUGAACGUGACGCACAGCCGCAUGCAGAUCUGUGACCAGUGCGGCAAGCGCUUCCUGCUAGAGAGCGAGCUGGUGCUACACCGGCAGACGGACUGCGAGCGCAACAUCCAGUGUGUGACAUGUGGGAAAGCCUUCAAGAAACUGUGGUCCCUUCACGAGCACAACAAGAUUGUGCACGGCUAUGCAGAGAAGAAGUUCUCCUGUGAGAUCUGUGAGAAGAAGUUCUACACCAUGGCCCACGUGCGCAAGCACAUGGUGGCCCACACCAAGGACAUGCCCUUCACCUGUGAGACCUGCGGGAAGUCCUUCAAGCGAAGUAUGUCUCUCAAAGUGCACUCGCUGCAGCACUCAGGGGAGAAGCCCUUUCGGUGUGAGAACUGCAGCGAGCGCUUCCAGUACAAGUACCAGCUGCGCUCCCACAUGAGCAUCCACAUCGGGCACAAGCAGUUCAUGUGCCAGUGGUGCGGCAAGGAUUUCAACAUGAAGCAGUACUUCGACGAGCACAUGAAGACGCACACGGGGGAGAAGCCGUACAUCUGCGAGAUCUGCGGCAAGAGCUUCACCAGCCGGCCCAACAUGAAGCGGCACCGGCGCACGCACACCGGGGAGAAGCCCUACCCGUGCGACGUGUGCGGCCAGCGCUUCCGCUUCUCCAACAUGCUCAAGGCGCACAAAGAGAAAUGCUUCCGCGUGAGCCUGCCUGCUGCUGCCUCCACGCAGGGCCCAGGGCUGGGCCCGCCUCCCUUCCCCACAGGGCCUGGCACACACCACUGAGACCAGGCCACCUGGGCCCCUGGGCCUCCCACGCCCUCUCCACCGCUCCUGGAAGCCUCGACUCCUUUGUUCAAUUUUUAUUUUUGGAAGUGGAGGGGGUUUGCAGCAGCUCUCCGGGUCAGAGGUGCUGUUGGCUGCAGCUGGGGAGACCAGGGGCCUGGGGCAGCCCAUGUGCCCUGCCUUUCCACUGCUCCUGCAGGCUCUGGGGGAGUCGGAAGUCCAGCCAACUGGAGGAAAUGUGGGCUGAUUAGAGGGCCGUGGACACAGAGGCAGGGCUGGAGCUGGAUCCUGGGGCUGUGGGGCCAGAAGUGUCGCUAGCUCUGUUGAGCGGGGCAGAUGGGGCUGGCCCCCAAGGGUUUACCCUGCUCCAUGACAGCCCUGCCAUCUGGCAGAGGGGUCCUCAGCCUGUGCCCACUGCCGUGAGGGCCCCAGAGGUUGCUGGCCUCUGUACAGCAGCCACAUCCUGGGCGGCAAAUGCGUGGCUCCCCCAGCGCUAGGACUGCUGCGACCUCAGGGGCAAGGCCCAGCAGGAGGCUGGGGGAGCCUGCAGGGAUCCUAGGUGCUACCGUAGGGCGGGUGGUGCAGCUGCGCACAGAGCACCUGGCCUUCUCCAGCCGCAGAGGCUGCACCCCGCCCCCCCGCGCCGGGCCUCCGCCCCAUCCCUUCCAGGCCUCUCCAGAGGGACAGGGCAGUGCCCACACCCUCUCUGCGGGGGAGCUGCAUGUCCAGGCCCCGGGAGGGCGGAGUCCAGCCUGCGGGCAGGGCUGACCCCUGGAGGCCAGCACUAAUAGGAUAGCCUUUUCUGUUGUCAUUUAACGUCUUCAUUCCUGCCGAGAAGGGCGAGAAGGUUCCACAAGCUACACAUCUCCCUAGCUAAGCUCUUCCUGUCAUGUCCAUGAAGUUUUGUUUGUUAUACUCUUUGCACCUUACACCCCACCUCCCCCCACUACCACCUUCCAGGCACAGCAGGUGUGGGAAGAGGUCUGAGCCCGGGGACUCUGGACCCUCAGCGCUGGGGCAGGGGGCUGGGGACAUUUUAAUCAUCAAUAAACAAAGCACUUUAUUCUCUACA